CAUGGGAGGCAUUCCGGAUUUCCGACUGAUGGUACUGCAGAGGAUAAUCGACUGAGUUAUCCCCUAGCUACCAUGCCACUGGUUCAGGGAAAUGGGCAAGCCCUAAACGGCAACUGUCAGCAAUCUUCUCAACAAAUUCCAAUGCCAACCUUGUGGCAGCCAACCAACAACCACUCAACACAACAUGACGAAGGAUGUAGUAUGCCACCACCUAGCAUGCUGAAUCCAUUGCAAGUAGCAGACCGUGGGAAGCAUUCAGGAUUUCCGGCUGAUGUUACUGCAGAGGAUAAUGGACUGAGUUAUCCACCAGCUACCAUGCCACCUGUUCAGGGAAAUGGGCAAGCCCUAAAUGGCAACAGUCAGCAAUCUUCUCAGCAAUUUCCAACGCCAAUCUUGUGGCAGCCAACCAGCAACCACUCAAUGCAACAUGGCGAAGGAUGUAGUCUGCCACCACCUAGCAUGUCGAAUCCAUUGCCAGUAGCAGUUCCAGGAUAUUGUCCAUCUUUACCUGCUUUUGGACAAGACCACUGCACUAGCUUACCUAAUGCAAGUUCUAAACUUGAAUUUCGGAACUUCCCAGUGUACGUGUCGUUUAAUGAUAUUCCCCAGGGGAAUUCCAUUCUUGGAUGGGAAGAAUUUGUUGAAGAUGUAAGUCAUUCAAAUGUCCGGCCACCAGUUGAAGAGCAUUAUGUAGAUGCGUCAUUUAGAUGUAAUCAAGUGCUACUUCAAUGGGAUGAGCCUCAUAUGGAGGUCAAGAAACGUUGGAACUUUCUUGAUCAGCUCAUGCCGCUGUAUAGCACACAAUCAGGGUUUUAUAAAGAAGAUUUCCCCAGUACGAGCCUCAUGGAUAAAACCCAUAAGUUACUGGCCAGUAUUUCAUCAGACGAUUCUAUUUGGAAGAUAAUUACCAGUGUUACGAGUCGAGCCACACAAACUCCUCAGAGGAGAGGUGUUCUCAUUCGGCCCAUUGAGCCAUAUGAUUCAGAUGAUGGGCCACCAAUUAAGAAGCAAAGGACCAAAUAUCAAUUGCGAUUUGUCAAUACGGUGUGCAAUGACUACUUCACACGGGAGAAUAUCAAAUCAGAGGAUGGAAAUCUCUUAAAGGUGGCUUUGUAUGAUGAGAACAAUCUGGUUGUCACAUCUGGUCCGCUGUCUGCAGCUUCUGUGGAGAUCGUACUACUUCAUGGUGAUUUCAAUGCUGAAGGUCAAGAUUAUUGGACAUCAGAGGAGUUUAGUGACUGCAUAGUGCAUCCACAAUCUGUAAAAGAACCACCAGCCUUGGGAGGUGAUCGUGUCUUGACACUGAUUCAUGGAGAAGCAGACCUUGGUAAUGUCUAUUUCCGAACUUCCUCCUUCCAUGCUAGAACUGAAAAGUUCAAGAUGGGUGUUGAGAUAAAAAAUGUAAGAGAAGAGAGUGUUCAAGAAGGAAUCACUAGCCCUUUUUUUGUGAGAGUUCGCCAAGGGGAAGAAUCAAUUGGCCAAUGGAUCACAUCCCUCGAAGCAUCGCUCAGAGUGAGCAAACAAGUCCCCCCGCUGGAGUGUGAUGCCAGGAAAUACGUCGACGCAUUAGCAGUUAAAGUGAGCACGGAGGAAAAAUUCAAAACAAAAAUUGGAAAGCUUAAGGUAAAAAGGGAAAAAGAUAAGAACAAAUAUGAGGAAGAUCUCAGAAUACUCAUGGAAGACCACGAAGAGUUCACAUUAAAAACCGAAGAUAUGCGAAAGGAAGGGCGUGCUGAGUUAAAUCAUUACAUUCUAUCUCCAUCUCAGAGAUCACAAGUAAUCCAAUCAACAAGAUUUCGUCUAGUAAUUGAAAAUAGUGUGAGCAGAACAAUUUACAAAAAUAGUACUAUAAAGACCGAGGAUGGCGGAGAUCACAUAAAAGUUGUCAUGUACGAUGGUGGCAAGCCAAUUGCAUUUGACCACCCUCUUGCUUCGGUAACAGUUGACCUAGUUGUCAUUGAAGGAGGGUUCGAUGAAAAGCGAGAUUCGUGGUCUAAAGAGGAGUUUGAGGAAAGCAUAAUAGAACCAAGAAAAGGAAUCAAAAGGCUAGUGAAAAACGGUACAUUUGAUUUGAUUGAUGGGAGGUGUGAUCAUCAUGGUGCCAUUAUUAUGGACAAUUCACAACGAAUGGAAGUUAAACUUGGAGUAAGGAUCACAGUGCAUACAGACAUAAGAGUUAUUGAAGGGGUAUCAAAUCCUUUCAAAAUGAAGGAAGUCCGGACAAAAGGAGCAUGCUUGCUAGCACAAUUUCCUAACUCCCUUUUGUCACUUUAUUGA